AUUAUGUAGGCUUUAUAUACACAUGGAUGGAAACCAUUUAACAUAUGUGUAUAUGUUGUUCCUUUUUAUAAUCAUGCACGAUAAACCGAUAAGUUGUAGAACCUAAGGAAUGAGGAACUUUAACUUGAACCAGGUUUUUACUAAUGAACCAUUAGUAUAUAUAAAAUAACAGUUGACCAGUGACACAACUAGGAUUAACGUCGCAAUGAUGCUAUUUCCGUGAUGGUAGUGAAGUUAUACAUUUGGAAUACCAAAUCCUCGUGGGGUCAUGUCUCCAUGGCCCUUGGGGACGGGGCUUACAUCAGUUGGAGACCAACGUAUCAGCUGGAGAAAAGUCCAGUUUCUGCGACCGAGUGGGUGAUAGCACGUGACCAACAAACGAUACAGGAUGAUAUUCGUGCCGAGUUCGGAAAACUUCCCGUCCAUGCCAUCAACAUUACCGACGAAAUAUUAGAUGAAUAUAAGGUUAAAAGGUGGUGGUUAAAGUUCAAGGCUAACAACAAGUACAACCUUCUCACGUGCAAUAGUUCCACCGUCGUUUAUUUCGCCCUGAGAGAAGGUGGGGCUCUAGAUCACGUGAUUGACCGCCAACCAAGAUGGUGGACACCAGAAGAUAUCAGAGCUUUCGGAGAGGCAAUUUGUUACGGGUACAGAAUUAAAGUAAGGGUGGGAGUUGUGUUCUCACCGAGUGAUCAACAGUUCGUGUCACACCUUGGAAAAGUGACGUCAGCUGGUAUGGUGAACUCUUUCCUGUCUACGUAACAAUAGGCCCCCGCCUAAACAUAUUGAAUGGUACAUUUCGUGACUGCUGUUAAAUGUUUACUUUGCUUAACUCUUGGUAUCUACGUACUAUUGAAUUUAAUAGAUGCCUCCAUCUUCGUAUUUCUAGCGAUUGUUUUCUUUUCAUCGAAAUGAAAAAAAACAUUCAACGUUUAUUUAAAACCAUGCUCAUAGCUGCUGGUAUCACAUGUAAUUUCAAUAUUUUUUACUUGUGUCAAAUGUACAAUGUAUUUUCAAUACAGCUAUUUGUAGAAAUGUGGAGAGCAAUUGGCAACGACAUUACCUUUUCUGUUGUCUGAUUAGUGUAAAGAGAUAAGUGUUCAUAUUACUGUAUACCUGGACAUUUUCGACGCAAUUUAAUUUUCGGAUUUUUGCCCUCCGCAAUAAGGGCGAAUUUAUCUUGACAUCGAAUAUUAGUUGUAAAUAAGGACCCGUAGUUAUGAAACCAUUCCCAUAUUUUAACUCAGAUGCUGUGCUCAUGCUCAUAUUCUCGUUCAGCUGGAAAAAUAUCUGUGAAAAUUAAAGCUAUUCCAAUUUUUCUAUACG